AUGCUGGUGGAGCUCUCUAUCCCCCCUCUCUCCCCCCUAGUCAGGCUUCAUAUACUAGUAGUAGUAAGGUGUGUGAAGAGUUGUGCUCUUCAGAAUUGAGAUCUUGACGUAUAUACGUAUGCCUACACAUCGUCGCAACUGAGAUUCUGAUAUGUUGGGCUUGUCUACAGGCAGAGAUAUAUGCAUGGAGGAUCCGGAGUACUCUGCUGAUCUGCUUCAUGGCGGCGCGAUGGAUGUUCCGGUUACUGCUUCCCUCGGCAGCAUGGGGCCCCUUCUCCGGCAACUCCAGUACAGUCGGCCCAGGGGGGUUAGUGCCGCUAAAAUCCGGCUUCUUAAGGAUGGCCUCGGGGCAUUAUGCAUCUCCCUCAAGAAUCUGUCAGAAUUAAAAGCCGAAGAUGAGGAAGACGCUAGCAGUUUCACAGCCAAGUGGUGGAUGAAGCUAGUUCGGGAACUUUGUUAUGACACAGAAGACUACUUGGACGAGCACUCCGGUGCUGGUGAUGCCGGUGCCUGCCCAAGAUCAGGUCGUCGUCUCGGAGGCUUCCGUGUUUGCAGGCAGAAAUUGCAGUGGCGCCCCACCCAGAUUGGGGAAAAGGAUCAAGGACGAUGCGGUGGCGCCUUCAUCAGAUUACUCAACAACACCUCCACAAACAGAACGAAUCUGAAGCAGCGAUCCCAGAUUGCAAUCACUUUCUCAGAACUAAUGGCCCGUGUCGAGGAUGCAAGUGAAAGGCAGCGGGAAUUGUUCAUCCAGCUUGCUCCCCGAAAGACCAUCGAACCUGCAGAUCAUGACUUGGGAGUCUCAUCCCAAGUGUCAGACCAUGACUCUGUCCAUAUGAAGAUUAACACGGCCGACGGCGGCCAGAACAGCUUAGUACUUGGUUUUGAGGAGCCUACCAUGCUACUUGGUUUUGAGGAGCCCACCAUGAACAGUCUUGUCGAUUUGCUGGCUUUCGAAGACGAGGAAGAGAAGCAGCUCAAGGUGGUACCCAUCUUUGGACCUGCAGGUGCCGGGAAGUCCACACUUGCAAGAACCCUGUAUGAUAAGUAUGGAGGCAAGUUCCAGUGCCGGGCUUUUGUACGGAUGCGUAACCCAGAUAUGAGGAAACUUCUCAUUGGCGUCCUUUCCCAAAUUAAAGCACCACCGGAUUAUGCUGCCUUCUCGGAUGUACACCAUCUUAUUGACAAUAUCAUCAAACAUCUACAAGGCAAAAGAUUCUUCGUUAUAAUUGAUGAUUUAUGGAGUACAUCUGCAUGGGAUGUUAUUAGCCGUGCUUUUCCUCAUGGCGUAUGUUUCAGCAGAAUAAUAACCACCACACAAUUUGAGGAUGUAGCAUUGGCAUGCUGUGGUUACCAGUCAGAGUAUGUAUUCAAGAUGAGACCUCUUAAUGAUGGUCAAUCCCGAAAACUGUUCUUCAGUGUAAUCUUUAGAUCGGGAGGUGUUUGUCCUCCAGACUCUCAAGAAGUUUCAUAUGGGAUUAUCAGGAAAUGUGGUGGUUUGCCACUAGCAAUUGUAUAUAUCGCCAGCCUGUUAGCAAGAGAACCUAAGCUUGAGAAAUGGGUGCACAUACAAAAUUCUUUACCCUCCACUUCCGAAGGGUUGAAAGAAGCUGUUAGUUUUAUCUACAAUAAAUUUCCAUCUCGUUUGAAGACAUGCUUGCUAUAUUUCAGUAUGUAUCCAGAGGGCUCUGUGAUCAAGAAGGAUGAGUUGGUGAAGCAGUGGGUAGCUGAAGGUUUUCUCGGUGCUGUUGAUGGACAAGACACAGUGGAAAUUGCAGGGGGGUAUUUUGAUGAGCUUGUCAUCAGAGGAAUGAUCCAAGCUGUGGACACCAAUCAUAAUGGCAAAGUGUUGACAUGUACAGUUCACCAGAUAGUACUGAAUUUUAUUAGGUACAAAUCCAUGGAGGAGAAUUUAGUCAUUACUGUGAACUAUUUUCAAUCAGCUAUAGUGCUUCCUGUCAAGGUUCGCCGAUUGUCUGUCCAGUUUGGAGGUGCAAAGAGUGCAAUGAUACCAGAAAACAUCAGAAUGCCCCAAGUUCGUUCACUUUUAUUUUGUGGAUUUUUCAAAUGUGUGCCUCCAAUUCUGGAUUAUAGGCUUCUUCGAGUUCUUAUUCUUCAUAUUUGGGCUGAUCAAGACGAGACUAGUUUCGACCUCACUGGAAUUUGUCAACUCUUUCGACUGAGACAUCUGACGAUUGAAUGUGAUAUCAUCACUGUUGAUCUGCCAGACGAGAUUCGAGGGCUACAAUACUUGGAGACACUCCAAGUAGAUGCAAAACUAUCUGCUGUUCCAUAUGAUAUUGUUCAUUUGAACAAGUUAUUGCACCUUCGCCUUCCGAGCGAGUCUAUUCUGCCUCAUGGGGUUGGCCACAUGACAUCUCUUCGCACUCUGGGGUAUUUUGAUUUGGGCAGUAACUCAGAAGACAAUGUGAUGGAUCUUUGCAAGCUGACCAAUCUCCAGGAUCUUCAUCUCACCUGUUCUACAGUACAGUCAGCUGAAAAUCUGGAAAAAAAUAUGCAACUCUUUGGCUCGAUUCUUGAGAAGCUCGGUAACCUGCAGUCUUUAACUCUGUUACCUACUGCAGGCACUUCAAGCAUGAGCAUUUCCUGUGAUGGCUUGAUCAGCGUGUUCCCGGCCCCAACCCGUCUUCACAGACUCGAUUUGCUGCCGCGGAUUUGCAUCUUCGCCAGCCUGCCCGGAAGGAUUGGGGAACUCAGCAGACUAAGCAUUCUGAAGAUUGCAGUUAGGGAGCUCUCGAUGGAUGAUAUUGGUAUCCUCCAAGGAUUGCCUGCCCUCGCUGCUCUUUCGCUCUCUGCCCGGGAAGUACAAUGGCUCGUCUUUGACAACAGGGGAUUCCGAGUUCUCAAGUACUUCAAGUUCAUGUACGCUGCACCAUGCCUGUCCUUUCUGGGAGGAGCAAUGCCUAGUGUCCAAAAGCUCAGGAUAGGCUUCAAUGCUAACAGACUCAAGAAACAUAGCUGGAAAAUAUUUGGCUUCCAGCAGUUGACAAGCCUUAGAGAGAUCUCUAUAAAACUAGGGGGCAUCGGUGCCCAAGAAUCUGACAAAAGGAGAGCAUUUUUGUCUGGCCUGAUGGCUGCUGUCGACAAUCAAAAUACUCAUACUGUGAACAUAAAAUUUGUCGAGCAUGAGCUCUUUCAUGAUAAAUAUUAUGGAACUCAAGAUGCAGUCCCAGAUUUGUCCCCCCAAAAAGAUGAAUUCUCAGGGGAAGACGAAAACAUCCGAGCUGGUAUCCUCAGGAUUACUGCGCCAUCGGAGUCGUUCUCGCGUCUUUCCCUUUCAGGGAAAAUAAGAGCUCGUGACCUAAUGUUGGACAUAACUGGAGCGUAUGAUCUGCAGAGCUUAGACCAGGUGUUUGAAUUUUAUGAUCCGACAAAAGUUGAAGAGUUGACACUUACGGAGUGCCCACCAUUGGAGUUUAAGCACCUCCGGAUGCUAACCUCGUUGAAGAAAUUGGUCUUUCAGAGUACUGAUCAUCUGUUUGUUCCAAUAAGAGGUCAUGGUGACGUAGAAUUUCAGUUCCCUGUUGAGCAUCUUGUGGUCAAAGAAUUACAUGGUGCUAGUGGGAAGGAAUUGACAGAGCUCCUCACCCACCUCCCAAGUCUCUUCAAAUUGGAAAUCAGAAAUUGUAAAACUAUAAGACAGAUGGUAGUGGGAGUCGAUCUGCAACAAGCAACUUCAGCAGCAGCAUCAGAUUCAGAGGUGGAACAUGAGAAAGAAGAUGAUGGGUUGCUGCUCUUCCCAUCCCAUCUCUCUGACUCGCUACGAGAGCUGAUCAUCUGGGAUUGUCCAGAGCUGGUCCUGGUGGAGGAGACAAGAAGAGACAGCAAGACAGAGACAAGAAGAGGAGGGGUCCAAGCCCUGUGGUCCCUCGAGGAAUUCGAGAUUCGGUUCUCCCCCAUGUUCCUAUCCGCCUGCUUGUCUUCCUCUCCUUCCCUUCACCUUUUCCCGUCCUCCCUGCAAUCCCUCCGCAUCUGGGCCGUGGAAGGCAUGGGGACGCUGGAGCCCCUCUCAAACCUCACCUCUCUCACGAGUUUAGAAUUGUGGUUUUGUGGAGAGGAUCUGAGAUGCGAGGGCCUGGGGCCGCUCCUUACCGCAGGGGGACAACUCAGUAACUUAACCGUCACUGGUAGCCCCAGAUUCUUUGCUGGAUGGGAUCCCAAUCCCAGGCGGGUGCUGCAGGAUGAAGAAGGGGAAAAAAAGCAGCAGCUGCAGCUUGUUCCCCCAUCGAGUUCAUCCAAACUGCAGGAAAUCAAGACAAAUGGUGCUGCUGGAUUCCUUGCUGCGCCCGUCUGCAGCUUCGUUUCUUCCUCCCUCACCAAGCUUCUACUUUUUGGGACCAAAGAGAUGGAGUGCUUCAGCAAUGAGCAAGAGGACGCCCUUCUCCUCCUCGCCUCCCUCCAGGAACUCCAGUUUUGCGGUUUCGACAAGCUUCAGCACCUCCCUGCAGGGCUGCACAAGCUUACCAACCUCAAGAACUUAGAGAUCGACUCGUGUCCAGCCGUCCGGUCGCUGCCCAAGGAUGGCCUCCCCAAAUCACUGCAAGAGCUAAAUGUCCACUACUGCGGCAAUCAGGAGCUAAAAAAACAGUGCAAGGGAUUAUCAGAGACCAACCCAAAUAUCAGAGUCCGUCACUACUAAUCCAAGGUAACAACUUCCAACCAGGAGCUAAAGCAGCGCUGAUCCAAGGCCUCGGCUUUGGAGUCCCCGUGUACAUUCUUCUAGCCUUGUAGAGCUCAACCUUUUCCACUCAUGCAGACUUGCCACAUGAAUGAGGGUCAUGUGGCUUUCUUCUGCCUUCAUGUACAUAAAUCUGGUGUUCUUAUGUUCACUCAUGGCUUAUUCAUACAUUGCAUUUUCGGUGGGCGUCACUCAUCAAG